AUGGCGCAAUCCGAUCAGGAUGCAGCCACGGGAGGUUCGUUAAGAUCCGACCCAUCGCGGGCGACGAUGUAUCGAUGUCACAAGCGGCUCGAUUUACAGCAGCAGCACCACAAAUGCUUAAGCUACCGAAGAACGUUGGGGCCGGUGGGGCCGGUGGGCCGGCGGCGACGAAGCGUGCUGUCUUCCAGUGUCGAGCCAACCAGCCGGAGCAGCUCCGGACGGAAUGUCCUUGCUACGAUCGGCCCGCUUCCGCGACGACCCGUCACCCAGCAGCUGCUCUGGACCGUCGUUUUCUUCCUCUGCGCUGGACUGUGCACCAAAACCGGAUGUGACGAUACGGAGCAGUUCCAGAAAAACAGAAAAUUUUCACCAACAACCGCAACGGUCGAUACCAUUCCAGCGCGCAACGUGUGGGCAGCGAUUGAUCACGAUGCGGAGCUGCCGUGCAACAUCACGGCACCGUCGGCGCAGGAUGCCGUCAAGCUGGUCCUCUGGUUUAAGGAUUCCACCGGCAUCCCGCUGUACAGCUUGGACUCCCGCAGCGGCGUCCCGAUUACCGCCGCCCAGCACUCGACCAUCGCCAACGAUCUCGGCCAGCGGUUGUUUUUCUCCGUCGGCGCGACGCCCAGCGAAGCCCGCCUGCAGAUUCGCAACAUCAAACCGUCCGACGGUGGCGUCUACCGGUGCCGGGUGGACUAUUUCGAUUCGCCCACGCGCAACUACCGAGUCAAUUUGACGCUAGCCGUUCCACCGGAGGAGCCAAGGAUAUUCGACACACAGGGCAAGGAGAUUUCUACCGUUGCCGGACCGUUUCGAGAGGGACAUGAGCUUUUCUUAUCGUGCCAGGUAUCCGGAGGUCGUCCCCCGCCGAGGGUAACGUGGUGGCGCGAUGGCGUGGAGAUCUCCAACACCAGUCACCCAUCCGCCGUCGAAGGCACCUCGGCCAUGGUUAAUCAACUAUUUAUCCACACCGUCACGAGGGACUACUUCGGCUCGAAGCUGCAGUGCCGCGCCGCGGGUUCCAAGCUGAUCCCGGCGGUAUCGAAAGAAGUUGCCAUCCAGGUUCACCUGAAACCGUUGCGCGUGAAAAUCGUAACGCCAAACGAACUGCUGACGGCUGGCCGGCCGGUUCCGAUGCGAUGCGAGGCGUGGGGUUCCUAUCCGGCGGCGAAAAUCGUCUGGCUGCUCGACGGCGAGCCGCUCCGCAGUGCCGACAUCACGACCCACACGGACAGCAACGACGGCAAUCUGACCUCGAGCAUACUGAACCUCCGCGUGACGGCCGGCAACGACGGGGCGGAGCUGACGUGCCGGGCAUCGAACGCGUGGUUUUCCGGCGGUGGCAUCGACGACAAGCGCAUCAUAAGCGUCGCAUAUGAACCCGUCGUGUCGGUGCAUCUGGCCAACGAGGACCCGAGCCGAGUGAUAACGCGCUCCGAGGGAGAAAACGUGACGCUGAAAUGCCGAGCGGACGCGAGACCACCGGUGACUUCCUUUUCCUGGUACAAAAACAACAUGAGGAUGUCCGGUGAAAAUGGGGAAACCUUGUACUUGACUCAGCUGGAGCGGGAAAGUGCCGGCUCGUAUGCCUGUGCCGCAUCCAACACGGAAGGGGAAACACGCAGCUCAUCGUUGACGCUCAAGAUACAGUUUGCACCCCGCUGCAAACCGGGCACCGAGCAAACGUCGGUGGGAUCGCUGAACAUGCACUCGCUGCACGUCAAGUGCGAGGUGGAAGCGGAUCCACCGGACGGCGUACGCUUCAGCUGGACGUACAACAACACGCGAAAUGUGUCACCGGUGCUGAACUCGCGCAUCAGCUCCCACGGCCUCGUUAGCACCAUGACCCACCUGCCCCAGUCGGACUCGGAGCUGGUGACACUGGCCUGCUGGGCGAUCAACAAUGUCGGCCGCCAGACGGUGCCCUGUCUGAUACAUAUUUUACCCGCAAAGAUUCCGGAUACGCCUCGGAACUGCGAGCUGCACAACGACACCGUGCCGGAGGUGGUGUGCCAGGCGGGCAGCGACGGUGGCCUAAUGCAGUCGUUUCUGCUCGAGGUCGUCGGUGGCUCGGCCCCGCUGGCCUACAAUCUGGACUUCACCCGGGGCCCACCGACGGAGAUCGAUAAUGAAAUUUCCACCAUGAACGAUCAGGCCACAUUAGCGCCAUUAUUCCGAAUCCAGGAGCAGAUACCACAGUUUAAAUUGCACAGCUUAGAACCGGGACGUGACUAUCAGCUGCUGGUGUACGCCGUCAACGCAAAGGGCAAGAGUGAUCCACCGUUCGUUAUCGAUAAGGUGCGCGUCGGUUCGGCGCUCGUACCACCGUACGUGGACGAAACCAUCAUCUCGGAGGACCCGACGCCGGCGGAAACGUCCCACCAGGACAAGCAGAAGCAGCAGUCGCAGAUGGUCAUGUUUGCCGCAGUAGCGGCCGCCGUAGGUGUCAUCAUAACCUCAAUUAUCGUCGCCGGCUUCGUGGCGAUAUGCCGGCUGAAACGACCGAAGCCACCCGAGCCGCAGGAAGUCCGGAAGCGAAUGCGACCUGCCAGAACCGAUGUGCCAUCGAUGUACGCCGAGGACGAUGUAUUCGAUGAUGAGUAUCAGCGCCAGCUGGAUGUACGCUGCAGCCGUGCCUCGUCCACCAUUAGGAGUAGUCGUUACGUAUCGGAAGGAUUUGUACAGUAUUCACAACCUAGUCUUAACGAUCCCGACCUGAUACUGCCCCGCGGCGGAGACAUCGAGUUCACCACCCUAUCAGCGGCUUAACAGCGACUUUCGGUCCCGCAGACGGCGAUGGUAGACGGCGGGACACCAAGGAACGAACCGGCGGCGGCCACCGGCAUCAUGCUAGCGCCCGAGCCCGGCAUAAUUCCAGCGCAUAUACAUACUGGUACAUAGUCGAAUAGUGAAAAUAAAUCUUAAGCGAUGCCAUAGGGCAGUGCGGGCGUACUUUUUAAAAAGGGAUACUCAAUCCGUUGCCCCCAACCGGAUACUGGACCGGUGUGGAGUUGGUGGGCUCCGAGGGCAGAUAGGCCGUAAAACAUACAAAUCAAAAGUAGUUAAAGCAUACCAAAUUAAUUAUCAAGUCAGAAAGCGCGUUGCGACUGUUGGGAGAGUUGGGUUGAGACGAGCGGUAAUGUUUUUAGCGUUAUCCGGGUUGGGAUGGGAAACCACCCGCCCCGGGUUUGGUGCAAUUUCAAGUGAUUGUGCGAACGAUCACGAUUCCAUUGUACACUACAAGCAGAGUUUAUUAGCCAGAGGCAAAAUGGGUUAGGAAACGAAAGAGAAUGUUUUAUUUUAUCUAACGUACUAACGUAAUCUCAUCAAGAUGACCUGGAAUUAAAACACAUACAUACACAUUAAUAAACACUCGUCCAAGAGUGUUUGUCCGUUAUUGUGUUUAAGGUAAUUGUAAAAAGUUCAAAGUUUAGAGCUAGUGAAUAAAAUAAUCUAAUUACCAUUUAAAAACAACAUGAAAACAAAAAAUCAAACAAACAAAGAAGAAGUGGAUACAAACGUAAGCAAGCAUAGCAAGCAUGAAAGAACGGGCGGACUAGCCAUCCGCCCGGCCAGAAUAGGAAUUUAUAGGUGUACGAAAAGCGCUCACGAUGCCGUCGAAUUUGAAUGUAACAAGGCGACAGGAUUUGUGUACAAGCUCAUUUUGAGAAAAUCAACUAUCGCUCCCCAAGUGUUUAAUGCAUGCAUCGAAGGGUUGCAAAAUUUUAAUUUUAAAACAAAACCAAACCGCUGACACGGAUAAUUUCACGCUGCGUGCAACGUCGCUAGGAGCUCACACCUUCUCGCACGUGAGCGACGGUGGAAAGAUAGUUUUUCUAGAAAAAUAAACUUUUGUGGAGUCGAAAUGUGCAAAAAAGAACAAACAAGCAGCCCACUGACACGUACGCAUCUGUCAGUACAAUAAUCUACCAAACUAAAACGUUUAGCAAAAUGCAACAAAACAGAAGGGUGUAAAGCCGAGCAGGAGAGGAUCAGAGACAAAAACCAACCAGGAAAAAAACAAAGUGAAAAACAAAAUCCAUUACAAAACGACACUCGACUUCUCGAUGGAACAAAACGAACUAACAAUCAAACGAAUAAAGGAAAACCAAAACAGAAA